UGCUUCACAAGAGAAAUCAGUAUUUGCUCCAUUCAAAGGCAAUUUCUACCACAGUUUCUAAAAAUGCUCAACAGGAUUUUCUUUGUUUGCCUGCUUCUCGGUCUGUACAGUGCAGGCUCCUCGCUAAGCUGCAGAUGGAUGGAUCACAAAUUCAAACAGCACAGUGAAAACUCUCUGGAUCUACUAGACAAGAUGGCUAAUAACUCCACUAACAGCACUGAGGAUGCUGAAGUGAAGCACACUGCGGCCUUCCCUAAUGAUCUGUACAGCCAGGCAUCCACAGCAUCAGCUGAGGACAAACUUGGUUUCAUAGGUCAGGUUCUGGAGGAGACGGCUGCCCUGUUUGAGGAGGAUCACAGCUCUGCAUCAUGGGAGGAGAACACAGUGGAGAACUUUGUCAAUGUUGUGACCCAGCAGGCUGACGGCCUUCGCUCCUGUAUUGGGAGCCACGGCCACAAGAAGAAGAACAAGAAGCUGCACAUGUAUUUCAAGAGACUCUCACGCCAUGUUCUACAGGAAAUGGGCCACAGUGCUGAAGCCUGGGAGCUGAUCAGGCAGGAAAUCAAAGAGCAUCUGAUGAGAGCAGACCUGCUGGUUUCAUCUCUACUCACCACCAACUAAAAUCUGUCUGGCAGAUUAAGAAUGUGUUAAUUUAUUUGCUUACAUGCAGUUAUUUAUUUAUUUAUUAAUGUAUUUAUUAAUGUAUUUAUUUAUUUAAUUAUUGAGCUAUUUGCGUAUUUAUUAGUUGAUCAUGUAUUUAUCAAUGUUGAUGAACAUGCUUAUUUUUUAAAUUUGCAUUGAAGUAAAUGGAAUAUUUUUCUAUAUAUUUUUUAUGUUUUAGCCAAUAAAAAUCAUACUU